CUCGAAUCAUAAAUUUUCUCGUUCUUCAACUCAAAAGGAAAAUAAGAACCAGUUUUUUCAAGAAUUUGAUUCGUGUCCAGAAUUCGGAGAAAUUACGUUCUCAGUGCAAACCUUAGCUAGCUCUUACGAUUUACGUUUAUCAGAAGUUUUAGGUGAUUGAGAAUGAGGGGUAGAAGCUACAGCUACAGCCCUUCGCCCACCAGAGGAUACAGCAGUAGAAGGCGUCGGAGCCCUAGCCCGAGGGGUAGGUAUGGAGGUCGUGAUAGAGAUCUUCCUACUAGUCUUUUGGUUCGCAAUCUUCGCCUUGACUGCAGGCCAGAAGAUCUGCGUGGGCCUUUUGAGCAAUUUGGUCCCCUCAAGGACAUUUACUUGCCUAAGGAUUACUAUACUGGGGAGCCUCGUGGCUUUGGAUUUGUUCAAUUCAUAGACCCUGCUGACGCUGCAGAUGCCAAAUACCAUAUGGAUGGGCAAGUGCUUCGAGGUCGAGAAUUGACAGUAGUAUUUGCUGAAGAAAACAGAAAGAAGCCAUCUGAAAUGAGAGCAAGAGAGCGUUAUACGCGGUCUUCAAGUCGCUAUUCCCGAUCACCACGCUAUGCCCGAACCUAUUCUCGCAGUCCAGACUAUUAUUCCCCAUCUCCUAGACGAAGACAUUACUCGAGGUCAAUGUCUCCCAGGGACCGAAGAUACAGGGGCCGGUCAUAUUCAAGGUCACCUUAUGGUUCUAGGAGCCACAGCUUUAGCAGGAGCAGGAGCCGCAGCCACAGCCUUGAGUAUUCUCGAUAGAUCAAAGGUUUUGGCUUAGAGAAUGUCACUGUAGAUGGAUUAUGAUGAUUCUCAAUUAGUGUGCUAUGAUUCUCAAAUAGUGUAGUAGAGUUUAAUGUUCCAAGAGUUAUCUUGAUGGUGUUGGUUUUUAUCUGAAAUAGUAUUGGGAUGGAGAUGGAGUUAUUACUUGACUUGAAAUGAUAGUACUCCUCUAUGUUUUCUCGUUUUGCUUUUAAGCUCAAGUGCUCCCGCUGAAAAACCUCCUCGAGGCUCCAAUAGUCCUUGUUGCUUAAUGUGAGAAAUAAAUAAAUAAAUAAAAAGAUAUUUCUCUUUGGCGAAA